AUGCUGGAGACGUUACCGUGUGAGAUUCUGAUGCUGAUCGCGGACUGGCUGCCACCCGCCCACCUGCGCGCUCUCAGCCGAGUCUCGUCGAGAGUAUAUUCAGUUUUGGUUCCUCACAUCUACCGUACCAUUACAUUCCACGCAGCAAGUGAGUGGGCGCUGAACGUUCUGGAUGUCGACUCCUUCUUUCUCCACCUCGGGCAAUCCCGGUCCGUGGGCUAUCUUCAGCACGUGAGGAACCUGCAAAUCCAGGCUCCAUUUCACCUCGUCCGGUUUAAUCGAUGUGCAUAUUACAACAUCUUUCGCGCGGCGGGGUUGCCGGAGUCUCCGACCAUAUUAGGAGCUUCGGACGAGGCGACGGCACAUCAGCAGUUUUUGGACGACGUGAAGGAUCAAUUGCAGUUGAUAUUCACCCACUUAAAGCCGAAUAGCCUGAGCACUUUCGAAUGGCGGCUUGGGACAUAUGUCCCGAUGGGAGUUCUCGAUCAGGGAGGCUAUCUCAGCCGAUAUCAACAGCGCCUCGCCCGUCUCUCACUCAUCACCGAUGAUCUCCUACUGCACGAACCGGGCGACGGGCGUAGCCUCUCUUCGGUUAUACGGUUCCUACGUUCGUUUCGUGGGCUGCAGCAUCUACAUCUGCGGUUGUCCAAUUUUCCGACGUCGGAGUCCCGCAUCCAGGACGCCAUAAAACACCACCAAACCACGUUUAAAAGCCUUGUCUACCAUAAGCGCCAACUCGCCCCCAUCGGCGAGGAUGGCUUGUUUGAGGACGAUCGGGAUGUGUCGCCCGUGUGGAUUGCAAAUUUGUCAACCAUUGUGGACCUGGGCCAGGUGACUGCUUUGGCACUGUGUGUAAGACCAUCUGCCGCUCGGCGGUGCCUUCGACCCACGGCAAAGCAUUCACAGCUUCGGCUUUUACAUUUGCGGUUUAGCGGACCCGAGCGAAUCCAUCGAGAUGUCCAACGAGAGAUUAUCACCUUCCUCCACGAGACACGCAAACCGUAUUCACAGGACCCUCGUUCACGCAGGGGUCUUGUGGACGAGGAUAUCUCUAGUAAUAAUAAUGACUACGAUCGUAUUCUCAACGCGUACUACGAUAGGUCGCCCCUCGAGUGUAUGGAUUUUCAGGAGGCAGUGCUCGAGUCGUCCGCAGCAAUAGCAGAGGCCGAGGAUUUUGUGUCAUUUGCCGAAUGGGCAUUUGGCCCCGGUGGACUGCCGGCUCUACAGGUCCUUGCGUUCGGCGACUUCUCCCACGGUGAUCGGUACAGGGGGCAGCAGUUUUUGAUGCGUCGCGCCUAUCCUGUAUGGGAUAGUGACGGCAAGGGACUCGCCGGCCUCACGUGCGACGAUACGACGCGGCUACCUUUCCGUCCGGCAGAUAUGGCUGAUCCUUCGAUUUGGGAUGGUGUUUCGGUGGACGGAGCUCGGUUUCUGUCCGCAUGUCCAGGAGGCGGAUUGAUGGAGUCACCGUAUGAGCCGUAG